CAUACUUAAGCUCAGAGCUUGUAACACUUCGGACGGUGUCCGCUCAGGUCUCAGAUCUGAAGUCUCUCUGCUCCGCUCAGAAAUUCGAAGCAUUUUGCGUUCUUUUAGUGAGCGGCAGCAGCUUCAAUUUAGUUCGAAAAAACACUCAAAACUUUAAUUAAACUGGAUUAAUUAAGUGGCUCGUGUUGACAAUCGGCUUGGACCUGAUUUCUGUGGAAAUUUGAGGAUCGUAAUCCAAUCGUAAGAUGCAAAUCCGAAUGUUUGUAAUGGCGGUUUCGCAGCUGCUGUGUGUCAGUGUCAGAGCGGGAAUGUCUAGUGGUGUCAAUGGCCUCAAGCGGUUUGCCUAUGAGCCGGGAAAAUGUGCGAUAACCAUCUCAGAAGUGAUCAAUGGAAUGGUCAAGACGGAGCUGGGGAUGCUCUUCGGCACACGGGCACGAGUGUCGCAGAGUCAGUUGCUCCACUAUGAUCUCUACACGCCGCUGAAUCCCGAGGUGCGACAAAUUCUGCGACCAGGAGAUUUAAGCAUGCUCAAGAAGUCCAAUUUCAAUCCCAAAUGGCCAGUGAGAGUUUCCAUUCAUGGCUGGUCGGGUAGGAGCGAUUCCUGCUCGAAUGCUGCCAUCAAGGAUGCCUAUUUGUCGCGCGGAAAUUACAAUGUAAUCAUCUUGGAUUGGAGUCGCCAGUCGCUGGACAUUAGCUACAAGCGUGUGUCCAAGCAGCUGCCCGCCAUUGCCGCCAAUCUCGCCAAAAUGCUGCGCUUUCUGCACGACAACGCGGGUGUGCCGUACGAGAAUAUCUACCUGGUGGGGCACAGUGCUGGCAGCCACAUCUCCGGGCUGGCGGGGAAACUCCUGCAGCCUCAGCUUCUGGGCGCCAUUUUUGCCUUGGAUCCCGCCGGUCUCACGCAACUGAGUCUCGGACCGAGCGAGCGACUGUCCCCUACCGAUGCCAUGUACGUGGAGUCCAUCCACACGGAUCUGACGCUGCUGGGCAAUCCGAGCCAUCGCCUCAGCCACGCCUCCUUCUUCACCAACUGGGGCCUGGGCCAGCCGCAUUGUCCGAAUGCAACGGCCACGGAAUUUGACUUUGUUUGUGACCAUUUCGCGGCCUUGUAUUACUUUGCCGAGUCGGUACGUCGUCCCAGUUCGUUCCCGGCUUUGCGAUGCGGUUCGGCGGCAACCAUACGGUCGGCCACCUGCAAUUGCCGCAACAGCAGCGGCACCAGCGAAAGCUCCACUGAAGCCAGUGGCAGGAACUCCACGACAGCCAGCGACAGACACGCAGCCAUGCGGCCGACAUGUCGUGGCGAUCAGUUCAUGGGCGGUGAGCCAGCUGUACAAAAAAAUGGCGUGUACUACCUCAGCACACGGCGGCAGGCGCCAUACGGGUAUGAUGAUGGAAUGGUUCACAUGCGACCGCCAAAGCCAUCGACCAUACUGCAGACGGGGGUCCCAAAAGGGUGGCUUAUGUAGAGACUCGAGCAGCAGCACUCGGAGCAUUGCGAGUGAUCAAAAUUGUGAUCUAUCCAUGUGUAUCUAUGUUUAAGUUUAGAACUAAGUAAGCCAUUAAAAUGCAAAGUUUUCCCUUUAA